CUGUUGCAUUUGUAGAAUUAGAAACUUUUCGUGCAUAUCCCCGACGCCACGGCGGGAGUGAGAAGAAAUUUUUCCAAAAUAACCUGAAAUUUUGUACAAGGAGGAGAGGAGGAAGAAGAAGAGGGAAUUGGAAGAAAAAAAGAGGGUAAAUUCUUCUUCUUUUUUCUUUACUACCCCUCUCUCUCUCUUCACCACCAACUUUACAUACAUUUAAUAAAAAAGAUAUGCUCGAAAACCCUAACGAUUCUACUAUCCCUGUUUCUGCUUCUGUGAAGCGAUAUGCUCCUCCUAAUCAAAGGAAUCAUGGACUCAGUAGGCGAAAAUCUGGAGGAAUUGAUGGGGAUAAGAAUCAAGCUGCUUCAAAGAACAUUACGAUCACUGAUCAGGGGGACGCAGGUAGUAGCAAGUUUUACCCACAAGGAGUACUCAUACCUUUAGAUGGCUGUUCUAACAGUGAGGCCGCCCAACUUUUAAAUACUCGAUGGGAAGCUGCUAUGCACGCCUUCAAUGAUCCGCCACUUGAUUUAACUGAAAGACCGGUGAUGUAUUCAGGAACUGGUGCAUCGACUUGGGGACAGGGACAGGCGAGACCUCCUCAGCAGAUGGACUUCUUGGCAGAGCUUAGACGAGCAAUACGUGCAAACGCGAGCGCUUAGGCAGGUGCUCAAGAACUCGGUCGGGACACUCCAAACUAUUUGAAGGAGUUUUUAACUUUAAAUUUGUCUACCAUGAUGACCAUUUGGGAUAGUUUUGAAACUAAUGUUGUGUAUCAAGAUCAGUUCAGAUUUUGUAUUUUAUGUAAUCUAAUAUUCUACAUAUAGGAGUAUGUUCAUCUUAUGCAUGAGUUCUUUUACAAGAUAUCGGGGUGUAAUAUUUUGGAUGAUUGAUUGCAGGUCUGGUAUGUCUUGCGAACGACAUCCUAUCGAUUAGAUCGACAUAUAAAAAUGUAGAUCAUUUCUUAAGUCGUA